AUUCUAAUAGAUUUGGAGAUGCAUGUAUUGUCUAAAAACACCAAUAUAAGAUAACAAGUACUUCUGAGAAUCUCACAAAAACUAGAGAGGGUAUUAAAAAAAUGGUGAUUGAGUUGUUGUUGGUAUUAGGAUUAGUGUGGUUAACGGGAGGAGCAUCCUCAGCACCGCUAGCAAAGCCUGGUUGUCCACACACAUGCGGAAAUAUUACCAUUCCUUACCCAUUUGGGAUUGGAGUGGGUUGCUAUGCCAACGACAGCUUUGCAAUAACUUGCGAUAACUCCUCCAAUCCACCCAAACCUUUCUUCACUACCUACAACCACUUUGAGGUGCUUGAUAUUUACCUAUUUGCGGGCUUUGUUUACAUCCAUCAUCCGGUGCUCGCUUAUGAUUGUCCAAAUGGGACUAAUGUUCAUCGACUUGCGAAUUUGUCCAGUCCUUUUUGGUUUUCUGAAGACUAUAAUGUUUUCACGGCCACAGGUUGUAACAACCUGGCCUUAAUGAUGAGCCAAGAUCAACAAAUUAUAGGUGGGUGCGCAUCACUUUGCAACCACCGCGACAAUUCAAAUUCAACUGCUCGAGGAAGUUGCUAUGGAAUCAAAUGCUGUCAGCCACCAUCAGGCGGAGUUAGAAAUUUGAGGUUAGGGCAGGAUUUGUAA